AUGAGCAGCAGUCGUUCCUUCCUUCUGGCUGAAAUCAUUUAUUACGGCCAGGAAAAUUACUUCCACCAUGCACAGCAUGCUGCAGCCGUCGGCCUGGAGAAAUUCGGCAAUGAACCUGUGUUUCAGUUCCUUAAAGCCUAUGGAAUCCUCAAAGAAGGGCGCGUCCAGGAUGCCAUCAACGACCUGGAGAGCAUCCGAAACCACCCAGACAUGUCCCUGGGUGCCAUUGUGGCCCUCAUUUAUACUCUCAAGCGGUGUGAAAUCAUCGACCGAGAAGCUGUGGAGGAACUCGAAGGCGACCUGAAGGGUGUCCGCAAGGACGCUGACGGGACCACAUUGUACUACGCAGGCCUCUUCCUCUGGCUCAUGGGCCAGCAGGAAAAAGCCAGGGACUACGUCGACCGUGCACUCAGAGUCUCCAGUGGCUACAGAGAGGCCUAUGUUCUCAGAGGCUGGAUAGACCUAACCUCAGACAAGCCCUACACCGUGAAGAAAUCCAUCAAGUACCUGGACCUAGGAAUUCAGGACACCAAAGAUGUGCUGGGAAUGAUGGGAAAGGCAACCUAUCUCCUGAUGCAGCAGAACUACUCCGGGGCCCUGGAGCUGGUGAACCAGAUCACCGUGUCCUCACCCGACUUCCUCCCGGCCUUUGUCCUGAAGAUGCGGCUGUUCUUGGCCAGGCAGGACUGGGAGCAGACCAUAGAAAUCAGCCAAAGAAUCCUCCAAAAAGACACAAACAACAUUGAUGCCUGCCAAGCCCUGGCCUUGCAUGAGCUCGUGAGAGAGGGGAACCCCAGCAGAGUAAGUUCUCUUAAGACCUGGAAAGCUUUCCAGCACGUUCAAAAACUGAUUGAAGCCCUAGAGACGAGUGAACCCCAAAACCCAGACCUCUACCUCAAAAAAAUUCUCGUGAUUGGCAAGCUGUGUGGAAGACAUCAGGCAAUCUUAAAGCUGGUGUGUAGCUUCAUUGAGCAGGCCUCCGUGGCCGUGUACCCCCACACUCACGUGGCCAUAGAGCUGGGCUCUCUCUUCAUCCUACGGGAGCAAAUAAAGGAAGCAACGCGGUGGUACACUGAGGCCAUGAAGCUGGACGAGAACAGCGUAGCUGCCUUGACAGGGGUCAUCUGGUGCCAGCUCUUAGAAGGCCACCUGGAGGAGGCGGAGAGCCUGCUGGAAUUCCUGAAGGAAGUGCAGCAAUCCCUGGGGAAGUCCGAGGUGCUGCUUUUCCUCGAGGCCCUCCUGACCACCAAGAAGCGCCGGCCGGAGCAGGAGUCCAUAGCGCUGCUGAAGGAGGCAGCGGAGCUGCAUUUCUCCAACAUGCAGGGCCUGGCCCUGAGCCCUGAGUACUUUGAACGCCUCAACCCCCUGUUCCUGGUGUGCAUCGCCAAGGAAUACCUCUUGUUCUGCCCCAAGCAGCCCCGGCUGCCAGGCCAGGUCGUGUCGCCACUGCUCAAACAAGUUGCCGUGAUCUUGAACCCUGUGGUCAAAGUAGCUCCAGCUCUGAUCGAACCCCUUUACCUGGCAGCUCAGGUCAAGUAUCUCUCAGGGGAGCUGGAAAAUGCCCAGAUCAUGCUACAGCGCUGCAUGGAGCUGGACCCCACCUCUGUGGACACCCACCUGCUCAUGGCCCAGGUCUACUUGGCUCAAGGCAACUUUGCCAUGUGCUCCCAGUGCCUAGAGCUGGCCGUCAGCCACAACUUCCAGGUCCGAGACCACCCCCUCUACCACUUCAUCAAGGCCAGGGCCCUCAACAAGUCCGGGGACUACACAGAGGCCAUAAAGACGCUGAAAGUGAUCAUGAAGUUGCCGCCUCGGAGAGCAGAGGAAGAAGGCAGGAAGCUCCGAGGGCCCUCCCUGCAGCCCAGCGAGCGGGUGUCCAUCCUGCUGGAGCUGGUGGAGGCCCUGCGGCUGAACGGGGAGCUGCACGAAGCCACCAAGGUCAUGCAGGAUGCCAUCAAUGAGUUCAGUGGCACGCCAGAAGAGGUCCGCAUCACCAUCGCCAAUGUGGACCUGACCCUGAGCAAGGGGAACGUGGACUUGGCUCUGAGCAUGUUGAGGAGCAUCGGCCCCAAGCAGCCGUGCUACACGGAGGCCAAGGAGAGGAUGGCCAGCAUCUACCUGCAGAUCCGCAAGGACGUCCGCCUGUACAUCGGGUGCUACCGCGAUCUCUGUGAAAACCUGCCCAGCCCCCACACCAGCCUGCUACUGGGUGACGCUCUCAUGAACAUUCAGGAGCCAGAGAAAGCCCUGGAGGUCUACGACGAGGCAUACAGAAAGAAUCCACACGAUGCAGCCCUGGUCAGCAGGAUCGGGCAAGCUUAUGUGAAGACCCACCAGUACAACAAGGCAAUUAAUUAUUACGAGGCCGCCCAGAAGAUCAGUGGGCAGGACUUUCUGUGCUGCGACCUGGCUGAGCUGCUGCUGAAGUUAAAGAAGUUCACGAAGGCAGAGAAGGUCCUGAAGCAGGCACUGGAGCACGACUUCGCCAAAGACCUCCCAUCCAUGAUGAAUCAUGUCAAGUGCCUGCUUCUGCUGGCAGAAGUUUACAAGAGUCAUAAAAAAGAAGAUGUGAUGGAGACUUUGAACAAGGCUCUCGACCUUCAGUCUCGGGUUCUGAAGAGGACUCCCCUGGAGCAACCAGAAAUUAUUCCCGCCCAGAAGCAACUGGCCGCCUCCAUCUGCACCCAGUUAGGCGAGUACAGCCUCGCGGAGAAGAACUACACCAAGGCCGGGCUGGCCUAUCAGGAUGCCCUCUCCUACACUCCCACCGACACUAAGGUGAUGCUGGACCUGGCGCGGGUUUACCUGCUGCAGGGGCAUCUGGAUCUGUGUGAACAGCACUGCACUGGCCUCCUGCAGACGGAGCAGAACCAGGAGGCUGCCUCUGUGAUGAUGGCUGACCUGAUGUUCAGAAAGCAGAAUUACGAAGCCGCCAUCAAUCUCUACCGCCAGGUCCUGGAGAAAGCACCAGAUAAUUUUCCGGUUCUGAGUAAACUAAUCGAUCUGCUACGAAGAAGCGGAAAACUCGAAGAGGCCCCCGCUUUCUUUGAACUGGCCAAGAAUGUGUCCAGCCGUGUGCCUUUGGAGCCGGGGUUCAACUACUGCAGAGGCAUCUACUUCUGGCACACAGGGCAACCCAACGAGGCCCUGAAAUUCCUGAACAAGGCUCGCAAGGACAGCACUUGGGGCCAGAGAGCCACCUACUACAUGGUGCAGAUUUGUCUGAACCCAGACAAUGAGAUCAUGGGUGGAGAGGCUUUUGAGAACUUGGUGCCCGAGAGCAACUCCACAGAAAAGAAGGACUCGGAACAGCAUGGCGUGCGGACGGCGGAGAAGCUGCUGCGUGACUUCUGCCCACACUCGGCCUCGGGCCAGACCCAGCUGCGACUCCUGCAGAGCCUCUGCCUGAUGGCCACGCGGGAGAAGGCGAACGUGGAGGCGGCCCUGGGCAGCUUCAUUGAGAUGGCCCAGGCCGAGAAGAACAACGUGGCCGCCCUUCUGGCCGUGGCGCAGGCCUACCUGCUGCUGAGGCAGAUCCCCAAGGCUCGAACACAGCUCAAGCGCCAAGCCAAGGCACCCUGGGUGCUGGCCGAGGCCGAGGACCUGGAGAAGAGCUGGCUCCUGCUGGCCGACAUCUACUGCCAGGGCGGCAAGUUCGACCUCGCCACAGAGCUGCUGCGGCGCUGUCUGCAAUACAACAAGUCUUGCAGCAAAGCCUAUGAGUAUCUGGGCUUCAUCAUGGAGAAGGAGCAGUCCUACAAGGACGCAGCCACCAACUACGAGCUGGCCUGGAAGUACAGUUACCAGGCCAGCCCCUCUGUGGGGUUCAAGCUUGCGUUCAACUACCUGAAGGCCAAGAAAUUUGUGGAGGCCAUUGAAAUCUGCCACAGCGUUCUCAGGGAGCACCCCAACUACCCUAAGAUCAGAGAGGAAAUUUUGGAAAAGGCCCAAGGAUCCUUGAGACCGUAG